AUGACACCCGAGAAUCCUAAGGUUAGGAUUGAGUCAGAUGCAGGUUGUAGUUCAGAUGGUCUUUCCGGUUCGGAUAAAGUUCAAUCAGAGGUAGCGUCAACAGUUCAGUCGUCGCACUCUGUUCGAUUACCUGAAGUUCCACUUCCUCAGUUUUCGGGUGAUUUAGCAGAUUGGCCAGUCUUCCGAGACCGUUUCGUAGCUAUAGUAGAUAGUCGCUCUAAUAUCUCUAAUAUUGAAAAGUUUUAUUACCUUUUAAGUUGUCUUGAGCUAGAGGCCUCUGAGACGGUAAAAGGGAUAACGGUUUCCAACGAUACGUAUUCACUCGCUUGGGCAGCUCUUGUGGAUCGGUUUGACAAACCACGCAGGUUGGCGUCGUUUCUUUUAGACACAAUAUUAUCAGCUCCGAUAAGCCAGCAAGAAUCCAUAUCGUCCUUGAACAAGUUUUUAAAUACGUUCGAUAAAAGCAUUGGUGUUCUUGAGUCUCUAAAUAUUCCGAACUUUGGUGAUUUCCUAUUAUUCUCGAUAGCGUUUUGA